AUGCAUACCAACGCCAUCCUCGUUACUGCAUUGGCAGCCUUGACUGCCGCUCUCCCCAAGGAGCAGGCCAAGCAGUGCGCGACCUGCGGCGACAACUGGAACGGCGAGCAGAGCGACCAGGACGACUUUCGCCCCCAGGGCUACGGCGACUACCAAGGCAACGGCAACGACUACAGCAGGACGGGAGGCUUCGGCGGUGGCCGCUUCGACCUCAACGGCGGCCGCUUCGGCGUCAACGGCCAGAACGGUGGCUACGGACAGAACGGCGAACAAUCUUUCCAGGGACAGGGAGGCGGCGAACGCAUCGGCGCGCUGGGUGGCGGCUUCCCGGGAGAUGCCUUCCAAGGAAACCAGCGCUUCGGCCAGGGUGCCUACGGCCAAGGCCAGGGCGGUGAACGCUUCGGCGAGAACCGUGACUUCGGCCACCGUUUCGGCGCGGAAUCAGAGAACGGAGGAGAGAACGGCUUCCAGGGGGACUCCCUCCAAGGCCACGGUCAGCAGUGGCAGGGCGCCCAAGGAGGCUACCGCGGCAGUGAGAGUGGCCAACCUGGUUACCUCUCAGGUGCUGAGCAGCGCCAAGGCGCCUGGCAGGGACAGGGCGGAUUUGGAAAUGGUGGCGGCUUUGGCAGUGAGGGUCGUAACCGCUUCGCUUAUGGUGGUGGCCCGCAACUGAGCGGAAACGACAUCGGAAAUGGUGGCGGCUUUGGCAGUGAGGAUCGUAACCGCUUCGCUUAUGGUGGUGGCCCGCAACUGAGCGGAAACGACAUCGGCGCCCAGAUCCCCAUCAACUUCGCCGGUCAAGGUCUCCAACAGAUUCCCAUCGGCCGCCUCUUCCCAUUCCAGUGCACGACGCAAAAGGUUUCUUUCGGCGACCUCAGCGGCCUUGGCCCCCAGAUUAACGGCAAUGGCGGCGAUGAUUCUGAGCAGCAGCUCAACGACAUCAAGUGCAGGCUCUUCUCGGACGCGCAGGGACACAACCAGAUUGGAGAGGAAUUCGGUGACCAGCAGCCAUGCCAAUUCGACGACCCGACUCAGGUCCAAUCCAUUCUCUGUGACCGCGACAACUAG